AAAUUUCCUGUGAAGCAUAAGAAUCCCUGAUUGUGGAAGUGUCCCACAAGCACCGUUAACUGUACAGUAAGGAAAAAUAUGAAAGAACCAUCUGGUUGAGUCUAAAGUUUGAAGACCACCACAUCCACCAGAAGACCCAGGAUGGAUCUGCACCAAAGCACCACCAUCACCUUCCUUGAGAAAUGGUGUUUGGAUGAGUCACUGUCUGGCUGCAGGAGGCAUUAUAAUGUCAGGAAAAAACUGAAGUUAAUUCGAAUCUUGGGCCUUUUCAUGGGCCUGGUAGCCAUUAGCACUGUCUCACUUUCAAUCAGUGCCUUUUCUGAGACAGACACACAGAGCACAGGAGAGGCCAGUGUUAGUGGCCCUAAGGUAGCACGCAGUUACCAUCAAAGAACUCUCUUAGAUUUCAAUGACAAGAUUCAGGAUUAUACUCCACAGCCACCUCAUUCUCAGGAAGGCAAAUCUGAGAAUAGUACAGAUCAUGCCCAAGGAGACUAUCCUAAAGACAUCUUUUCCCUUGAAGAGAGAAGAAAGGGUGCCAUUAUUCUCCAUGUCAUUGGAAUGAUCUACAUGUUCAUAGCCUUAGCCAUUGUCUGCGAUGAAUUCUUUGUUCCUUCUUUGACUGUCAUCACUGAAAAACUGGGCAUCUCUGAUGAUGUGGCUGGAGCCACCUUUAUGGCUGCGGGGGGGUCAGCCCCAGAACUUUUCACAUCUCUCAUAGGGGUAUUUAUUGCUCAUAGCAACGUUGGCAUAGGCACAAUCGUAGGUUCGGCAGUGUUCAAUAUCCUCUUUGUUAUUGGCAUGUGUGCUCUGUUUUCUAGAGAAAUCUUAAACCUGACAUGGUGGCCACUCUUUCGGGAUGUGUCCUUCUACAUCAUUGACUUGAUCAUGCUGAUCAUAUUUUUCCUGGAUAAUUUUAUCAUGUGGUGGGAAAGCUUGUUGCUCUUAACAGCUUAUUUUGGCUAUGUGGUUUUCAUGAAAUUCAACGUCCAAGUAGAAAGAUGGGUGAAGCAAAUGAUACAUCGCAAUAAAGUCAUCAAGGUGACAGCACCAGAAGCCCAAGCAAAGAGUCCUGACAGCAGUCUGCCCCAGCAGCAUGCGACAGCUGAUUCCCCAGCCCGGAAGGCACGAAGUCCUGACAGCAGUCUGCCCCAGCAGCAUGCGACAGCUGAUUCCCCAGCCCGGAAGGCACGAAUCCUCAGUCUGAAGACCUCAGCCCUUCGCAGAAAGCCGAUUUCCAAACCCGGUCAGGGGGUGUGGGCCGAGGGCGAAGCCCCGCCCCCAGGGGUCCCUGAUCUUUGCCCCAGCCCCAGGCUCCACGCCUCCCGGAGAGGCACAGGCGGGCGGGCGGCGCUGCCUUUUGUGUGUUUCGCUCCGAGGUACUGGGUGAGCCCGAGUGUGCCCUGGCGCGCGGACUCCCGGCGUGGGGAGCCCGGGACAAGCCACCUGGUCUCGGGACUGGCCGGCUUUCGCUGCCGAACGUGCCGGUGGCUCUGCCUUGGCAAGCGCCUGGCCUCCGCCGCUGCGCCGGCCGCUCGGGGGCUGGGGACUUGCCCUGUGUCCUGGCUGUGCGCACACGGUGGACCUUGGAACCGCCGGGGUCUCUCCGGCUUAUGUUUCGGUUUCCGCCCGUGCGUGCGCGCGGGUGGGGGUGGGGUGUGUGCCCCUUCGCUGUCUUUCCGGAUGGAUGGCGCCCCCCCCCCCCAACGUGUUUCCCCCGGCCGAGGCCGGGCAGCCGCGGGGCCGUGCGUGUGUGUGCGUGAUGCUCGGAGCCCGGGAACACGGUGUCAGCGGACGGCCUGGCUCUCGGCCACGUCCUCCGGGGGGCGCGCGGCGGGGGCGGCCCCGCCAGGCUUGCAGCUCGCACGUGUGUUCCGCAGCCACCGCCCGUUCUUGCGCCGAUCCGGCCUCGCGGCGUUUCACAGACUCCUGCCACCUGUCUCCAAGUCACCGCCAGCCCUAGGAGGCUCCCUGGGGCGCUCUGGCAGGCGCUCGGCCGCUUCCCACCUGAGAGUGCCUCCCCACCAGCCUCCUCAAGGCAUCCUUUCAUCUGCCGCUUUGGUGACACCGUCUGUCCCUUUCAGAGCCCCCCCACGGCUCGGCUUGUUAACCAGGUCUGAGGAGCAGGAGCUGCAGGCCUCUUCCUCCCAGGCUGCUGCCAUAAUUGCUUCAGCAAGGGGGGUGGUGAGACGUCACUGCUAG